AUGUUUGCCUAUAUCCAAGUCCCACUAUCAUUACCCCAGACUCAUCUCCACGCUGUUUCGUCCCCAGAACCCCAAUUCGCCAUGGACGAACUGCAGCCGCCACCAGAAUCCCCGGCCGCACCCAACGACCCGCUUUUCCGCGAGAAAAACGACGUCCCGGUCGCCGAGCCGAACUCCGAAUCAAAACAAGAUCAGCCCCAGAUCUCGCCCCUCUCGAUCACAGAAGCGCAGAUCUCGGUCACCGACGCCCAAGAAGCUAUCAUCAGCUACCCCUAUGCCAUGGGCGAAAUCCUCAGCAUGCGUGCCGGGCCCGGCAGCGGCAAAACAUUCACGUUGAUCGCCCGAAUCGCACAAAUGCUCCAGGAUGGAGUCGAGCCAGACGAAAUUCUCGUGCUCUCGAUGGCCAACCGGUCUGUGGACGCGUUGCGCCAGUCGCUCCGACGCCUCGUGGGCGCGCAGAAGGAGCAGUUGGUGGCCGUUUCCACGUUCCAUUCGUUCUGCGGAUCGCUCUUAGACUCGAGGAGACCGCCCGACGAGCCGCGGCCGCGCGUGGCCAACUCCAGAACGAUGUUGAUGUUCGCGGACUUCUUCCUGAAGAAGCUGGUGCGCAUGGGCGGCGAGAAGAUCGACGGCUUCGUCAACGCCCGGCGCAUGGCCGAGUUCUUGCCGCUCCUAAUCUCCCAGCGCGUGUCCGUGGAAGAAAUCGCCCGGCGCUACAAGAUCAACGCGGCCUACUUGCUGCAGGUGGUGGACUACCUCCAGCGCUACGGUCUCACGGUGUACGAUGAUAUCAUUGACGAUGCGAUCCGCCUACUAGACUCUACAGCGGGCGCCUUUGACGAGGCCAUCAAUCUGAGCGAGCCCGAGUUGGUGGACCUGGCGUACCUGUGCUUGGUGCCGGAGGUGGCGAAAUAUAAGGUCGUCAUUGUGGACGAGUUCCAGGACAUCCACCCGAUUCUUCUCGACGCCAUUCGCUCAAUUGUAAACUAUCCCACGAACGACAUGUACGGCCAGCUGAAGCAUUUGACCGUCUCUGGAGACCCACGCCAAUGUAUCUACGAAUUCUUGGGCAGCUCCUCAUCCUACGUGGCUGACCUCAAACAAGCGUUCCCGCAGAUGCACGUUGUGGAGAAAUUACUUAAUGAAUCUUUUCGAUGCACACAGCCGAUUCUUGACGCAGCUGUUGGCGUUGUGGAAAGCCCCGACUGUGCAGGCGACAGAAAGGAAUUUACUCUUCAGAGCUUGCGGCUCACCUGCCAAGCCGUCCAACCCAUCGUAUAUUCUUGCAACGAUUUCGAGGCAGAAAGCAAACUCGUCGUCGAUGAAAUCGUGCGGUUGCUCUGUCUUCUGGGCGGCGAAAUCCAACCCCGAGAUAUUGCAGUAUUGGGGGUGACAAACAAGCAAGUUGAGGAUUUCCAGCAAGUGCUUGGCGACCGAGCGGGCAUCUAUAGCCACAAGGUGCGUUCUGUGAGCGAGUGGCCCAAUACCGAGCUUGGUGUGUUUAGAGUCAUUGCAGGAGUAAUUAGCGGACACUCGCAUGCAAGCUUUGACUUAAUUGCAAUAUUGCAGAUCCUCGACAGCCAGACCGGAUCCAGCCAGAGGAUCACCAAGCUCUUCACUCAGAGCAUUGAAAGUAUUGACAGAAAUGACCAGCGGAAAACGCCCAACUUCUUCGAAGCAUAUUUACGAGACCAAUUGGGCAAAGAUCAAAUUGGCGCUAACUCCGAGCUAGGCAAAAUCUACAAGGGCCGGCCGGAGCAACUCCGACUGCUCGAAGCAUUCUUGAAGGAAGUUCAAAUCGAACGUGACAGAGUCAUGGAAACGCAUCCGAAAAAGCCCUUGGCCUAUGGUCCGAUCGAAUUGGCGCAGUGCUUUUGGCGAAUGGCCAGAAUCAAGCCAAUCGGCGAGUAUCUCGAGCGAAUCUCGGCGAAAAGUGGCAGUUCUGCGCAGGUUGACGACCACUUCCAGUCCCUCAACAACACCUUGCACCAUGUCUACCAGAUGUACGGGUCGUUGGACGACCAACGCUCCAUGACGUUUGUCGACUAUUUCCUCGAAAAGCACGACUGUGAGGUUCCCGCCGCAAUAGGCAAUUCGGUCGAGGUAUCGACCAUCCACUCUGCAAAGGGGCUUGAAUUUCCUGUUGUGUUUGUUCUUGGCAUGCAGCACCGCGGGGGAUCUGUCAUCUCGUCAUGGAAUAAAUGUUUGGCGCCCAUCCAACCAGAUGCCGAAGAGAGUAUCGUCAUGGCAGCCCGCGGCGCCGAAUAUGGCAAUAAGAAUUCCCGGCUCCUCUACGUGGCCAUGACUCGUGCCCGCAACUUGCUUUACGUGGGCACCAACGUGGACUACUCGGAGCUACUGGACACGACUCAGGCCCACUUUGCGGACUUUGGCUGCCCGCUUCCGCCAAACCGCAUAGGGGAUCCGAUUUCCAAACAGAGCCAUUUUGCACCCAGAAAGACCUUGCAGAGCCUCUCCAUGCAAGUCUCGAACGAUGCAAACAAGGUUGUGCAGACCAAUCAACUGCCUGCCUCGAUGGCUAUUGAUAUGGCUGCUGAAGAGGCUGUUGUAAGGCCGGUUGUAGUGCCUGGACAUGGCGCACCAUUUCUUAAAUGGUAUUGCACAGACACAUCCCGGCCCCCUCGGACGUUGGAGAAUUUCCAGACGGGGAGUCGGCUCUGGAGCCAGUAUUCGCAGCUACAUUCGCUCAGAGCACAGAGGCCAUUUGUACCUAUCCGCUCUUAUAGUUGCUGGACGAAGAUGCAAACGCAGCCGGGGCUAAACCGCGCGUGGUGCCAAAUCAAAAACUUCGUAACCAGACUUCCAUGCAGAUGA